AUGGCAGAACCGGGCAAACCCGCGGAAGAAGACGAGGAAGAGAAAGAGGAAGUAGUUGCGGUCACGUUCAAGAAGAAGAGUAGGGCAAACGUACGAAAGCGCAAAGGAACGAAAGGCGACGAUGAAAACGACGAAUUGGCAAAGAAGGUGAAUUCUUCCAACGUUAACGCAGACGACGACAACAGAGAACGAGAAAGAAGAGAAGAAGAAAGAAACAACAACGGCAAACAAUACCAAUCUCUACUUGGCGGUUCUUCCAAAGCUUCUUCUUCGAAAAUACACGAGAAGCGCGUAUUUGCGUACGAAGGGGAUCGGUCCGUGCAAAUUAGAGACGACGGCGGAGCCACUCGCGAGAUUGAAAUAGACACGGCGAGGGACCGAGACGGUCGAGCUUUGAGAGAGCAAAAGUUAAAGUUAGCCGCGGAGCGAUUAAAGCAGAAUAAUGAAAAUAACAAGGACGUGAUGUGUGGAGCCGUUGUCGAGGACGAUAAGGUGUAUCGAGGAACAAACGCGUACACGGACUAUCGCGCCGGUUUUCGUAAGGAACAAACCAUAGCAAACGAAAAAGGCGGUGGAGCGCACGGUCCCGCUCGAGCCUCCGCGAACGUUCGAACGACUUACGUCAUGGAUUACAAACCAGAUAUUUGUAAAGAUUACAAGGACACGGGAUAUUGUGGCUACGGCGACGCUUGCAAAUUUGUCCACGAUCGAGGCGAUUACAAGCAAGGCUGGCAGUUGGACAAAGAUUGGGAACGGAAACUCCAAGAACAAAAAGAGAAGCAAGCGGCGUUAGAAAAGAUGGAGAAAGCGUUGAAUAGUGACGGUGAAGAAGUAGAUUUGAACCCAGACGAUGACGAAGAGGACGACGAAACCUUCGACGGUGACAUUCCGGGAGAAUGUCAAAUGUGCUCUGAAUCUUGGAUGGACGUGCGGAACCCAGUCGUGACGAAGUGUAAGCACUACUUUUGCGAAGCGUGUGCUUUGAGAAACGAUAGCGCAAAGAAAGAGAAGACGUGUUUCACGUGCGAAAUGCCCACAGGAGGGACUUUCAACUCCGCGAAGGACAUACUGAAACGCGUUAAAGAUAUGAAGAGAGACGGCGUCAAGACCUGGGGUAAGAAGAAGAAAGAGAAGAAACGAGGCGUGAUGAUGGGAGGUGGCGCAAGUCAACAAAAAAAUGUCGAUAGAAGUAGCGGGUGGGCCUUAGGUUAA